AAAGAAGAAGAGGAGGAAGAAAGCUAAGAAGAUCAGAUCCUAGAUCCUCCUCGAGCAUUUAGUAGUCUAUUGAUCCUCGUUGAAGCUCUUGCAAAGUUACCUGCAAACUUGUGCAAAGUAAUCCUUUGUUUAGACAUUUCCGAAUUCAAACUGCACCUGGAACCCGAGCUCAAGAAGCAGUUGUCAACUUGUUUGUUGAAUCGGUAGCUGUUCUCUUGCCAGGAUGCCAAGCGGCAGUAGAGAAUUGGAAGAUGAUAUUCAGACAGCCACGGGUGGCUGCUGGACGCCCGAGCAGCAUGACUGGGAUCUCAUCUUUGACAUCUGCUCACGCGUAACCAACACUCCUUCACUGGCAAAGCCAGCAUAUCAAGCCAUUCAGAAGAGGAUGCGAUCAUCGGCCGCUAUUGUUCAAUUCUCCUCAUUAGUGGUGCUGGAAGCCUUGGUAGCGAGCGGUGGACGACAAUUCCAACUUGAAAUCUCCUCACGCCCCUUUUAUGAUUUAUGUGUCAGCUUGUAUCGGAAGCGUCCACAUCAGAAUGUUGUAGAGCGUCUUGGUAUGUUGAUCAUGGAAUGGGUCACGGUAUUUGCCAGUGACAGUGGCAUGGGCAUGAUACAGAAGCUUUAUCAAGAUCUGAAAACAGAAGGUUUUCCUUUCCCCAGCUCACCUAGUUUGACAUCGUCAACAAACACUAGCACUCGUAGUACCAGUACUCCUCCCGUAACCUCAUCUGCUAGUGCCAGGAAAGAGGAUGAGGACCUGUCACGAGCAAUUGCCCUGUCUCUACAGGACGCGUCCACGUCUAGUGGCACUGCAUCUUCAUCUCAGUUCCCGGCACAGGCAACGUCCAGCUCACUGUACCCCACUCUUGGCUCAGCACCAGCAUCAGCACCAGCACCAGUCCAGUCAGCGCCGCAGCAGUUGGGCUUCCAAGCACGAGCUCUUUAUGACUUUCAGUCUGAGGACGACAAUGAGAUAUCCUUCAAGGCUGGAGAGCUUGUCAAUGUGACGGAUAGCAGUGACGAGAACUGGUGGAGUGGCUCAACACUGGCUGGUUCUGGCAUGUUUCCCGCUUCGUUUGUAACUCGAGACUUGACUGUCACGCCCGAACCAGAAAUUCCUGCUCAGAAAACCAGCAGUGGGUCUUCCACCGCAAAAACCAGCACCCAGGCAGCAAAGCCUAAGCCCGAGAUCAGAGAGGCUCAGAUUGAGUUGUUGUUGGAUAUGCUGCACAAUGCCGAUGCCACUGUUGCCAAUGAAGAAGAGGAUCGCACGCUGAAGGAGCUUGAAAAUGAGUGCAAUGAUAUGAAGCCGCUCAUAGCCGAGAAGAUCAGUGUCAUUGACAGGGAGCGCCAGGCACUGCAGGAUCUCAAUCAACAAUUUCAAGAUGCCCUGGCCUAUUACCAACAGUUGAUGAAGGAAUCAGCGUACAACCAGCCACAGUCGCAUGGAGAAUCUGCACCACAAGCCCCUACUUAUUCAGAAGACUAUGGCCAGCCCAUCCCAGUACCACAGCAACAACACCCAGCCGCUGCUCCGGCAUAUCAAGCAUCGCCACCAGUUACGGGUGGUUACUAUGCCAACUCGCCGGCCAAGUAUCAGGAGGCGCCACAGCCAGCGUCAACGCAAUACCAGCAGCCACAGAUGUAUGCAUAUCAACAAGCAGCACCGCAGCAACAGCCGCCACCACCACAACAGAUGCCAGCCCAGCACCCACAGCAGCAACAGCAACAUUUCCCGCAAGAUCCCGGAGUAUAUGCACAUCCACAUGGUCAGGUACCUACUGGUGGACACCCUGGUCAACAGCCACAACAGCAGCAGCAACAACAUGCCAUGCAACAACAGCAGCCGCCACCAGCGCAAUACCACAACAUGCCACCAGCACAGGUGAUGCCAGACGGGUCCCUGCUCUAGCACGCUAUAUUCCCCGGCCCCACUCUAGUAUGCAUGCUGUGCAUAGGCGCUGCAUGGUCAGCACAAAGCAAGUAGUAUUUACCGUUUGCACACCAGUGUUCCUUUCUCUCUCUUCCUCUAUCAACAUAUUUACUCUCAAAGAGGCCUGUCUUCUAUUGACCAUAGUGUUAGUUACGAAUUGAGUCACGUUUAGUAGUGCAUAGUCCAUAUUAGCCUCUGCUCUGCACAGUGGCCUUGCACUUCUUCUGAUUUUCGUUAUAAUUGUAGCAUGGAUUUUGAAUAGCCUUGUUUGCGGCAUGCGUAAAAGUUUGUACGUUAUGCCUUUCUUUAUUUGUACUGCCCAGCCAGCAACUCUUGGGUCAAAAAUGUGUUUUGCUGGGUCUAAGAUUAAUGUUGAUUUUCCCCACCUUGUGUUUGUAUGUAUUCCCAUUGGAAUGUGGCAUUGAUUUGAUGAGCAGCUUUCUGUGAAUGGUUUUUAACAAUAGGCGGUGUUUUGCUUUUGCCCACAUAUCACUUAUAGCACGCGUCUGGUUUUGAACAGCAAUUAUUAUGUGAUCCACUAACAGUGCGAUGAAUAUUGGCUGCAGUGCAGCUCGGGCCA